AUGGCUCUGACUGGGCGUGUGGUGUGUGUGGUUCUGAGUGUGCUGCUCACUGUGGGUCUGCAGGGGGCGCACUGCCAGGAUGUGCGUGUGAAGCUCUGUGGCCGUGAGUUCAUCCGCAUGGUGGUCACUUCCUGUGGGAGCACCCGCCUCCGACGCUCCGCAGCACUGUCUGUCCAUCCCCACGGCAACCAGCCCCACCCUGACCAUCCCCACGGCAACCAGCCCCACCCUGACCAUCCCCACGGCAACCAGCCUCACCCUGACCCCAAUGUGUUUGCAGGUGAGAGCCCUCUUCAGGUGGAUCACCUGCCCACGGACGACCCCACCAGCUCAAGGUCAGAGGUCGCAGGAGGAGUUUCUGAGUUAUAUCGAACCCGUCGCAGUCCCGGGCCAGCUGGUCUGUGUUGCAGAUCCGGCUGUACUAUGAGUGAGCUGGUGCAGUACUGCUGA